AUGGCCACUGCCCGCUUCUUCUCCAGCCACAACAAGCCUUCACUUCCUUUCUUCUAUGUCGCAUGUUCCAUCCACCUCUUCGCCAACUUCAUCAUCGUCAUCCAUGUCCGAUUCCUAUCACUUCAAAGGCAAAGCCAGGUCGUCGAAGGCCCCCGCGCGCAUACGAGGCACCUCCGCGCACCCACGCAAAGCGCCGAAGUCGCGUUCGACUCAGAGUCGCAAUGGAGAGACCCCUGCGCAAAAGAGUGCGCGGCGCAAACGUACCAGUGGGGUGCUAACCCCCUACGAAGUGGAUGCUCUGCCGUCCGCAGAGUAUACAGACAGGGUGGUUCGUUCAAUCCUCAAAAUACCGUAUAA